AUGCCUGGAGAAGGCGCUGCAGCACCCCUGUUGCUCCCGCAGCAGUUUGUGGAGCCAUUGCCGAAUGCGCCGGUUGAGAUACGUGCAUUGCAUUAUGGCCUUCUUUCACGCAGCGACAUUCACCGCCUCUCCGUCCUUCCAUGCCGACGUGUCAUUGGGGCUGUGAAGGAGUAUGGCGUGAAUGACCCCCGCCUCGGCGUGUGUGAUCGUGUCUCCUUCUGCGCGACAUGUGGUCUGCGAAGCAUUGACUGCGUCGGUCACCCCGGCCAUAUCGAUCUCGAGACCCCUGUCUUUCACCUCGGUUUCUUUACCACAAUUUUACGUAUCUGUCGUACGAUAUGCAAACGCUGUUCUCAUCUGCUUUUGGAUGACGCGGAGAUUGAGUACUACAAGCGGCGGCUCUCAUCCACAAAACUUGAACCGCUGCAGCGGGCAGCCCUCGUUAAAACAAUACAGAGAGAAGCCUACAAGACACGUGUCUGCCUCAAGUGUGGAGGCCUAAAUGGGGAUGUGCGACGAGUACGUCCUUUACGCCUUGUACACGAAAAGUAUCGUGUUGAACCACGCCGAGGGGAAGAGUCUGUUGAAGGCGUCGAAACUUUUUUUGACCAUGAGUUGCGCGCGGCAUGUGCAUACAACAAGGUGGUGGAGGAAAGCAAAGAGAAUGUCCAUGAAUUUCUCGAUCCGGCUCGGGUGCGUCAAAUGUUUCUAGCCGUGCCACCGGACGAGGUCUUACUCCUUGG